AUGACCCGAACUGUUUGGAUAUCACUUGGUGAUCUAAGAGCUGAGAUGCUUGCGCUGGAUGGUUUGGGACAAGUGAUGACGAAGAUGACGGAACUUUUGGGGAUGCCCAAUGUGUCGGAUUUUUAUUCGGAUUUGGCCAGGUUUGACUUGCAAGGAAUCAGGAAGAAGAUGAAGGAUUUAGUAGAGAGGUUUGAUAGGAUCUUCGAGACGAUGAUUGAUCAACGGGUAAAAAUGGAUAGUGCCACUGACAAAGAAAGUAAAGUUUUUUUACAGGUUUUGUUGCAGCUGAAAGAUGAAGGAGAUGCCAAAAUGCCUCUCACAAUGACUCAUCUCAAAGCCUUACUCAUGGUACGUGUUCUUGAACAUGGUGUGCUUGCUUUUAGGUAUCAAUCAACCUCAACGAGGAUCUGA